CGCAGCGCCGCUCUUUCUGGCGGCUGGUUAUCGAACGCGUAACGUGCAUUCCGCAGCUAACAUAUAGACUUAUAUGUCCACGCCACGCAACCGAUACCGCGGCGUCCCUGGUGUAUCUUAUCGCGGCGCGUAUUACUUCAUCCUUCCGUCCGUGUAAUUCGCAGCAUCAUCCCGCUCCGUCUGCUGGUCGAAACACCGCUGCUGCGUAGUGCACGCUGAGUUUAACCACGUCUUUCUCUACUCGCUGGAAUUUAGCAGUCGUUCUGUUUAUCUGCUGAUUUUGACAGUUUGUCACGUGGAGUGCGUCGGAUUUUCUGUUUUCUGUUGGAGACGUUGAUCCUACACUAUUCAUCAUGACGAUUGUUGAUCCUUCGGAGACCGGGACGGUCAGUUAUCAGAAAAGCAUCCCCGGCAACGCCUCGCCGAAGAUGGAGCUGUACGGGAACGGCAGCCUGGCGUCCAGUCCGUCCGAUCCGCUGUGCAACGGCUUCCACUACAGCGUCGACGCCAAGUACACCAGUCCCCCCAACGGUCUACGCGGCGUCAGUCCCAUCGACGGCCACUGCGGUCCGGACCAGUGCGCCCCGGCCGACAACAUCUGGUCCAUCCAGCCCGGCACGCCCGUCAAGAUCCGCAUGGGCAGCCAUCCGCACACCGACGGCGUCCAGCCCGAGUCCGUGCCCACCUGGUUCACGCGCAUCGCCACCAACAACGCCGCGCGACCGGCACUAAAGGUCAAGCGUGAUGGAGCCUGGAAAACCUGGACAUACCAGCAGUAUCAUAACGAUGUUGUGGCCGCCGCCAAAGCCUUCAUCCAUCUCGGCUUGGAACCGUUCCACGCUGUCGGGAUAAUCGGGUUUAACGCGCCCGAGUGGUUCAUUUCCGAUAUGGCCGCCAUUUAUGCCGGCGGCUUGGCUGUGGGAAUUUAUACGACCAACUCCGCGGAAGCCUGUUUAUGGAACGCCUCCGACUCGCGCGCCAACAUCAUCGUGUGCGACGACGACAAGCAGGUGCAGAAGAUCAUGAAGAUCCGCCACGAACUGCCGCACCUCAAAGCCAUCAUCCAGUACCUGGGCACGCCGGCGCACGGGCCCGAAGAGGGCGUCUACAGCUGGGCGGAACUCCUCGACCUGGCCAAGUACGUGCCGGACGUGGCCAUCAUGGAGCGGCACGCCGCCAUCGCGCCCAACAAAUGCUGCACAGUCAUCUACACCUCCGGCACCACCGGCAACCCCAAGGGCGCCAUGCUCAGCCACGACAACCUGCUGUGGACCUCGCGCAUGGCCAUGACGGAGGCCUUCACCACGCUGAAGAGCCGGCGCGACAUCCAGGAGACCUUCGUCAGCUACCUGCCGCUCAGCCACGUGGCGGCGCAGAUGACCGACCUCUACCUGUCCAUCAACACCGCCGGCGUGGUGUGGUUCGCCCAGCCGGACGCGCUGAAGGGCACCCUGGUGGAUACGCUGCGGGAGGCGCGGCCCACGGCGUUGGUGGGCGUGCCGCGGGUCUUCGAGAAGAUGGCCGAGAAGAUGCAGGCGGUCAGCAAGAAGAACGGCGCCGUCAAGACCUGGAUCGGCUCCGUGGCGCAGGAUGUCGGGCUGCGCGGCAAUCUCAAGCGAUUCAAUGGGCGCAGUAAUGGCAACGGCAACGGCAAUCCGCUGGGCUGGACACUGGCCAACGCGAUGGUCUUCAAGAAGGUUCGCCAGGCACUCGGUCUAGAUCGUUGCAUCUUCACCUGCUCGGGCGCCGCGCCCAUGAUGAAGGAGACGCUGGAGUACUUCCUCUCCUUCAACAUCCCCAUCUACGACAUUUACGGCAUGAGCGAGAGCUCCGCUCCCCACACGCUAAACCUGCCCGGCGCUUUCAAAAUCGGUUCGGCCGGUCGGGAACUGAUCGGCGUGGUGACGAAGAUCGACAAGCCGGAUGCUGGCGGCAAUGGCGAGAUCUGCAUGUACGGCCGGCACAUCUUCAUGGGCUACCUGGGCAACGAGGAGAAGACCCGGGAAGUGCUGGACGCCCAGGGCUACCUCCACACCGGCGAUAUCGGGCGGAAGGAUAGCGAAGGCUUCCUCUUCAUUACCGGCCGCCUCAAGGAGCUGCUCAUUACUGCCGGCGGCGAAAAUGUCCCGCCCAUUCCCAUAGAAGACGCGAUCAAGGAAGAACUGCCGAUUGUCAGUAACGCUAUGGUCAUUGGCGAUAAACGGAAAUUCCUCGCCGUUUUAUUAACGUUGAAAUCGGAGAUUGACCUGACGACCGGCGCUCCACUGGACAGACUAACUAAGCCCGCACAAGAAUGGAUUAAGGAAAACGUCGGCCAAGAUGUCAGUACGGUGACGGAGGCCGUCGGACUGACCAGUCUGCAGAAGAUCAUUGAGAAGCGCAUGGCGCUGGUCAACAAACGCGCCACCAGUCGCGCCCAGUGCGUGCAGAAAUUCAAGCUCCUCCCCGAGGACUUCAGCAUCCCCGGCGGCGAGCUGGGUCCCACGCUGAAGCUGAAGCGCAACGUCGUCGCCGCCAAGUACAGCGACCUCAUCGAGCAGUUCUACGACGACACCGAUUCCUGAGCGAAACCACGCCCAUCUCUGCCAUGCAUCGUUGUCGUCGCACGGUGCUGUCUUUUUCUCUCUGUUAUUCAUGUGUGCUGAGAGAAGGCAUGACCUUUCAGAAAGCGUUUUUGCUCACUGUAGUAUAAUCUUGCGCCAUUUUUAAGAUUCUCAUUUUUCUGUCAUGUGCACCGUGGUAUAAUGUUAUUUACAUGAUAUUAAGCAUCUCUUACCGAGAUUCGCUCAUAAUAAUCCGUGCAUCAGUAA